UUAGUCUGAGAAGUUGUAUUUUUCAAAGUCAUUGUCAUGAGAAUAAUCACAUUCUUUUAGAAAAGUUAGUAUGAGAAUGUCAUUCGAUGAUGAAAAAAGUAUGAGAAAUGUAUCAUUAAAAUCACACUUUUAGAAAAGCGAUUAUAAGAGUUAUUUUAUUAUUUAAAAAAGUAUGAUACAUUUGAGAAGUUUUACUUUUUUUAAGUAGUUAUGAGAAUCACAUUCUUUCUGAAAAGUUAGUAUGAGGAAAUCAUUUGAUGAUGAAAAACUUAACAUAAAAAUCAAAUUAUUUUACAGAUUUAAAUGAGAAAAAUGUCAGUCUAUGAGAAAUCAGUCUGAGAAGUUGUACUCUUUGAAGUCAGUGUUAUGAGAAUCACAAGAUUUAUUAAAAAAAGUCAGCAUGAGAAAGUAAUUUCAUGAUGAAAAAAGUGUGAAAUAUAUCUUGAGAAGUUGUAUUUUUUAGGUUAUUGACAUGAGAAUAAUUAUUUUAUAAAAGUUAGCAUAUAAAAGUAAUGCUAUGCAUGAUAAAAAGGUAUGAGAAAAUCUGAAGAUUUUUAUUUUUGUAAGUCAGUGUCAUGAGAAUCACAUUCUUUUAGAAAAGUCUGUAUGAGUCGUACUGAUUUUUUUUUUAAAAAGUAGCAAUAAUUAAUCUAAGUUGUAUUUUUUUAAAUUCACUGUCAUGAGAAUGACAUUCUUUUACAAACCUCAGUAUCAGCCAUUCAUUGAUUUAAAAUAAAACGAGAAAAAAAUUAGAAUGUUUUUUGUUUUUAGAAAAUUAAGUUUACAUAAAAGCAUUUUUGAGAGUCUGAAAAAUCAUGAGAAAUGAAUUAUAUGAUUUAAAAAAACAGUACGAGUCAUUCUAGGAUUUAAAGGGACUUAUGGAGAAGCUAUAUUUUUAAGUCAAUGUCAUUAGAUUCACUUUAGAAAAGUGAAUGAGAAAGUCUGAUGAAAAAGUAUGAGAAAUGUAUCAUGAAAAACAUUUUUAUAACGAAAGUGAAACUCAUUUGAAAAGUAUGAGAAAUGAGUCUGAAAGGUUUCAUUUUUUAAAGUCAGUUUAAUGAGAAUAAUCAUUCUUUUAGGAAAGUUAGUAUGAGGAAAUCAUUAGGUGUCGAUAAAAAAUGAGAAAUGUAUAAUAAAAAAGCACAUUUUAUUAGAGAAGGGAUUUUUAUGAAUGUCAUUCUAUGAUUAAAAAAAGCAUGAGAAAUUUGAGAAGUUGUAUUUUUAAAGUCAGUGUUGUGAGAAUAAUAACUAAGUCAUUCCAUGAUGAAAAAAAAAGUGUGAAAAGUAUCUUCAGAAGUUGUAUUUUUUAAGUUGUCAUUAGAAUCAAAUUUUUAUAAAAGUUAAUAUAGAAAAGUCAUUCCAUGAUAAAACAAACAAUAAAAAUCUGAUAAUUUACCUUUUUAAAUCCGUGUCAUGAGAAUCACAUUCUUUUAGAAAAGUCAGUAUGAGAAAAUAAUUCUGCUUAAAAAAAUAUUCAAUUUCUUUGAUCAUUUUUUGUUACUUUUUUUUUUUUUAAAGUCAUUGUCAUGAGAAUUACUUUCUUUUAGACACGUCAAUAUGGAAAAAGUCAUUGCCUCGCAAUACGAAGGUCCUGGGUUCGAUUCCCAGGCUCGUGGUAUUUCUGUGUGGAGUUUGCAUUUUCUCCCCGUGCCUGUGUGGGUUCCCUCCAAAGACAUGCACCUGGGGAUAGGUUGAUUGGCAACACUAAAUGGUCCCUAGUGUGUGAAUGUUGUCUGUCUGUGUUGGCCCUGCCAUGAGGGCCACUUGUCCAGGGUGUACCCCGCCUUCUGCCUGAGUGCUGGAGAUGGGAUAUAGGCUCCAGCACCCCGCAACCCCGACAAGCGAUAGAAAGGGAUGGUUGGACGGAUGGAGAAUAUGUUUUGUCAGUGUCAUGAAAAUAAUUGUUCUUUUAGAAAACUAAAAGCUGAUGUAAAGAAAGUUUUUGAGAAAUUCAUUCUAUGAUUAAAAAAAUCAGUUUGUUGUUCCAGUAUUAAAAAUUACUUCAAAAAGCUAUAUUUUUAGGUCAGUGUCAUGAGAUUAACAUUUUUAGAAGCGUCAGUAUGAGAAACUUUGAUUGAUUGAAAGUCAUUGUGAUAAAAAAAAAAAAAAAGAUACAUUAAUCCUAUAAGAAAAAAAAUGGUCAUAGUAUGAAAAAAAUAUUGGGAGGAGAAAGUCACCUUAUGAGAAGAUGUUACGGAAAAUAAAUUCUAGAAAGAAAGCAAAAUUUAAUGAAGGUCUUGAAGCCAUUUAAAAAAGAAAAACAUGCAAGAAAUCAUUUAGGGGUUGUUUUUUUUAAGUUUGAGGGGUAAAAAGUAAUCUCAUAAGCCGUGCUUCGAGAAAGUUGGUUUCAUGAGAAUUGUCAUUUUCUGAUAUGAAGUCAAAGUAAUAAGAAUAGUCAAGUUUUAAAUUGGAAAUUGCAUCGAAUAUUCAAGAACCUUUUAGGGUGAAAGUUAACUUGUCAUGCAAGGUUUCAGCAAAAACAUCAGUUAGAGUUAAAGUAAGGAAUAAAAAAGGAUGAGGAUUUUUGAGGGGGGAAAAGGCAGAAUGAGCAAAUGUCAUUUGUGAGAAGCCUUAUUUUUUACAAUAAAGUCGAUAUUAUAAAAAAUAUUUUGAAGAAAAAAGCAAGCAUGAAAGUCAGGAGAAAUGUGUCAUAUUGUGGUUAUAUUUUAGUUUUACAAAAAAAAGUCAGUCAUGAAAAAUCUUGUUUUUGAAUAAAAAAAGAUGAAGUGAAGGUCAUUUUUUGAGGGAGGAAGGCAGUAUGAGGAAAAUAUAAUCUUGUGACGAAACUUAAAAAAAGAUGCAAUGAGUAGUCAUUAGGAAAAUAACCUGUUGAUGUCAUGAGCAUUUUUUUUAUUUGUAUAAAUCAAUUGGAAAAAAACAUUUCCAUAGAUGUGAAUGAUAUAUUUAAUUCUAAGAUGCUAAUUGUGCGCGUUGAUGAGUGACGUUUAGCUGCAUGCUUGCUGAGGCCAUUCUGCAAGGGGUGUGUCAUUAAUAAGUCAUUGGGGCCUGGGGGCUCCCCCACCCCCCCGUCCCCCACCAGUAUAAAGGGCCCCCGAAGAGCCCAACAGGAUCAGAUCUCACUCCCUUGACUCAGGAGAGGAGACAACUUCUUCUCUUCUUCCUCCCCUUCUUGCUUCUUUCCUAUAACGCGCAGCUCCGUUGUUGAACAAGAAAGAAAAAACAAAACCCCACCAAGAUGGGCUCCGUGCUUCCAGCAGAAGCUUUGGCCCUCAAGUCUGGAUUUAAGUGUCCGGCGCGGGCGGCGCUGUCGGACGUGAUCACGUCGGACGUCCUGCACAGCUUCCUGUACGGCCGCUGGAGGAACGUCCUGCAGGGCGGAGAACACCUGCCGGCCGAGGAGCAGCGACACGCCGGCUGCACCAGGACCGCCUUCACCGCCGAGGUGCUGGCCCAGUCCUUCGCUGGAGAGGUGCAGAAGUUGUCCAGUCUGGUUCUUCCCAGCGAGGUCAUCAUAGCGCAGAGCUCCAUCCCAGGCGAAGGUCUCGGGAUCUUCUCCAAAACCUGGAUCAAGGCUGGCACCGAGAUGGGUCCCUUCACCGGCAAGGUCCUCUCCCCGGAACACGUGGACCUGCUGAAGAACAACAACCUGAUGUGGGAGGUGUUCAAUGAGGAUGGCACGGUCAGGUACUUCAUCGACGCCAGCCAGGAGGACCAACGCAGCUGGAUGACCUACAUCAAGUGUGCCCGCAACGAGCAGGAGCAGAACCUGGAGGUGGUGCAGAUCGGCAGCAGCAUUUACUACAAAGCCGUGGAGACCAUUCCACCAGACCAGGAGCUCCUUGUGUGGUACGGAAACACUCACAACACUUUCCUGGGCAUCCCCGGUGUUCCGGGAAUAGACGAAGAGCAGCAGAAGAAAAUCAGAAAUGAUGACUCCCAGUCCUGCGAGUCCUCCUGCUCUCCGCCUUCGUCGUCCGCCCUCCACACCUCGGGCCGCAUGCGCUGCGUCAUUUGCCACCGCGGGUUCAACUCACGCAGCAACCUGCGCUCGCACAUGCGCAUCCACACGCUGGACAAGCCCUUCGUGUGCCGCUUCUGCAACCGCCGCUUCAGCCAGUCGUCCACGCUGCGCAACCACGUGCGCCUGCACACGGGCGAGCGCCCCUACAAGUGUCACGUGUGCCAGAGCGCCUACUCGCAGCUGGCCGGCCUGCGCGCCCACCAGAAGAGCGCCCGGCACAAACCCCCGCUGGCCGGGCCCGAGGCGGCCGCGCAGGGGUCGCCGCCGCUGCCCCCGCCGCCUCCUUCCGCUACGGCGCUUCCGACGUCCACACAGCAGAUUGGGCCUGUCGUCCGCCAACAUCACCACCAUCACCAUCAUCACGUGCCUCUGGUGCACCACAUGCCUGCCUUGGUGCUCUGACCACACGCAGACUAACUCUACAACUUUGCACUUUAGAGGACUUUGUGUACAAAAACAUCCGGCGAGGACUCGCUCUUAUCUCUCGCGUCAACAAAAACAGACUCUUUUACGAUGACAUCUUGCAAAAUACUCCAUAUUUUAAUGUGAAUGGCAUUCAUGGGUUGUGCUUAUGUGGUGGAAUGUCCGAAUCUUAAACAGGAAAAAAAGUGAAUUUAGUACAAAAGUUUUAUUUACCCAUAAUCAAAUGGUACAAGGUUGGAUUGAAUUGCCAUGCAGACAGACAGUGUCUCCGGAGACGUUGGAUGAAGCGAGAAUCAUUCGAGAAUCAUGCGAAUCAUGCCUAGACUUGGUCUACUUGGUUAUUUGUGUUUCCCUCGUGUGUCAAGGUCCAGUUGUGUUGGACCUGUUUGUUCUGCAACAUCCUUGAAUCCCUUAGCCAUAACAAACAAUCAAAACAUGUUGUACAAUGUCAGGCCGACCAUACGCUCAACUUUUACCCACAUAUGCUCUUCAAAUGGUACAAAAUAGAAAAAGGUCAGAAAUUCCACUACAUACCCCCUUCCAGGGUUUUAGAACCCUGGAAGGGGGGGUCAGAAAUUCCACUACACUCAAAUCAAUCUUAGAGAAGGUGUUUUUUAAGUAAAUCUGUCAGUCCCUGAAAGGCGAUUUAAAGGUAUAUUGACUUGUGACAUUUCCAGGACAUAUGGGAUUUAUUGACAGAGCCACCAGGUGGUGUGUUUUCCCCAAAAAAUAAUAGCCCAAGCAACACAAUAAGUGUGCAUAUUUUGACCAAUUUUCACCCUUUUGCGCACAGCGGAUCAGUAGUAAAGUUGCAUGCAGUCCUAAUUGUGGCGCAUUCAAGAGAACCACUACCGGUGUGUGCACUUUCACACAGAACUAAAUCCCUGGUGUUUAAAUGUCACAUCUUUUUUUAUGGCUUCACGGCGUACACUUACACACAGGCGUCUUGUUAUAGGGCUUCCGAAGCUAUAAAAUUGCGGAGUCAGGGUCGCCAGGUAGUGUUAAAAAGAGGCCUGUAACGUAUAAACUGAUGGGUCCACCUGGCAACCGAGGCAGAAGUCUUCUCUCACCCUGUUGUGUUGAAAGUAACGUCACCGUAAAAGCACAGAGUAAGAAUUUCGACGACGUGUUCCGGCUCUUUUGCAAGAUCGCUGUGUGAAGGAGGCUAAAAACUCUAAUUUUCUAUGAAUUCCACUUGUAAACAAAUAUUUGAAAUGUGGUGUUUUUUUGUUUUGUUUUUUUCUACCAAGGGAGUUAGAAUAAUCCUAAAAACGGUUUGCACCAUCAAGACAAAGUUUCCGCUGUCAAAUAUGAAAUUGUCACUUUAAACUUGUACAGAGCCAAUUGUUGUGUAAUGCUCAGAUCUAAAUGUACUGUAUGCUACUACUGUAUAUGUGUAAAUACAUGUCACUCUUCUAUCCCAAA